AUGCUGAAACCGGAAACCUACAAGCCUUUCUUGAGCGGCGCUACCGCUGUUGUACACACCAUGGGUAUUCUCCUAGAGGCCGACUACAAAGGCGUGGUGCAAGGAAGGGAACCCAUUAUUAGUGGCCUACAAAGGGCCUUCAGCUCCUCGAAACUGGGCAGCCAAAAUCCCCUACAAAGGCAGGAAGGCGAGCCAUUAACAGCAAAGGAAAGAGAUGGACAAUUGACUUAUGAACUCAUGAACAGAGAUUCUGCGAUUGCCCUAGCCCAAGAGACCUCCAACGAGCAUGUUCCAACUUUUGUAUUCAUUUCCGCCGCAGCAGGAGCGCCUGUUCUUCCGAGCAGGUAUAUCACAACCAAACGAGAAGCUGAAACAACCAUAUCAACGAGAAUACCGGAAUUGCGGAGUAUCUUCAUCCGAGCCCCAUUUAUGUACGACUCAAGCAGAAAAUUUACAUUGCCAAUAGCACUUGGAGGCUUCAUCGGGUCUCAGUUCAAUGAGCUCUUGGGCAAUAGACUUGAUUUUCUCGGCACAAUGGUAACCAAACCUUUUCAGGUGGAUAUGGUAGGUGAGGCCGUGGUUGAGGCGAUGGAGGAUGAGGCCGUGCGUGGUGCUGUAGGAACGAAGAAAAUCGAAGCUCUGGCCACGAGUGCUUGGAGAAAAAGCAUGCUAUGA